ACUUGAGACUUUGACUCGGCCUCGAUCCCUUUGUUGAUAAGUGGUUGUCGUAUUUGCAAUAUCCAAACAUGUUGGAUUUGGACUGUUUUAUUUAAAGCCGGAUUUUAUCAGGAGCUCAAUUCACCGUCUAUGUGUAGGAUUUUAAUGUUGAAAUGUAACCAUCUCCUCCGAAGCUGAUCGUGCGGGUAAGGGGGAUGGAGGUGUGAUGCAGUCUGAGUGUGGACGCUACCUAAGUUCUGUGUCUGACUUAUACAUUGGGGACGAAGUGUCUGUACUCCUGGAGGAGAUACGGGAGCUAGAGGGGCCCGGGCGGGGCCCAGAUGAAUUGCAAGACUUUGAAAUCGCCGGCAGUCAGACAGGUGGCAUAGAUACUCCAGCGGAUGCUACUACAGUUCAUUCAUGGGACUCGCACGCUCAUUACAAACACCACUUACCAGGCUCAUCCCCCACCCAUUCCAUAUUUUCUGGUGUGGUGCUUUAUUGUGAUGACACUCAUCUUAAAACAUCUACAGGCAUUAUACGUUUACUAUUGGUGAUAUCAUCUGUGGCAUGUUUGGCAUGCCUUUGUUCCUCUGGCACAGUUACUGCUGGGCUAUUUAUGUUGCCAUUGGUCACAAGAUUAAGGCUAAUGAUGUUUAGUACUGUCUUCAGUGUUCUCAUCACAUUGCUCUUCCUGUUUUUAGACAUAUCACAUGUUGUCUACCUCUUCCCUUUCAAUUGGGGAAAAUUUAAUGCAGUAGUUUAUUUGAUUCUGAGCUUAUUGUACAUACUAAGCUCAUCCCUGCUACUUCAUCUGCUCAAUAUGUAUGCAGAAACUUAUCACUGGGUGCCAAAAUGGACAAAUCAGCAGCUUCUUGUUACAGGCAUUUUGGGGUAUGUUUGUGCAUUGGAGUCUCUAAUAUUGUGCGUUGUUAGUAAAUGUGAAGGAGGUCAAUAUACACCUGUAGAAGAAGAGCCUAGUAGUAUGACCCUCCAAGAAAGACAUGGUAUUACCAGGGAUUCACCCACUCCUACAACACUGCCAUCAGCCAACAUGUGUUGAAUUCGUGUAACCGUCAAAGUUCAUGAUGGAUCUCACAAGAUUUAUUAAACUUCACAAAAUUUUUUAAAAAAAGGUAGUUAGUGCAUCCCAUAUGUUCUGUGAGUGAUAAUGACUCAUUUAAACAUAAUUAAGCGAAUAUUAUUUGAAGGCAAAUUUAGAGCCGAACUCAUAAACCACAUGGGCCUUAACUGUGAAAGAUGAAAGAAGAAAAGGAAACUUUUUUUUUAUUGUCAUACCUUUCAUCUAUGUAUAACAUUUUAUUAUUUUACCUAAAUUUUGCAUGCUUAUUAUCACACUCAGAACUAAAAUUCAAAAUUGUUAACAGUAAAUUUGUUAUAACACUCUUUAAGGCAUAGAAAGUUAUUUUAUUUUUUUAAGAACUUGCUAGAUGGGACUGGUUGAGAAACGUAUUGAAUUUUCUCUGAUUUUUCACUUUGCCAAAUUCUUUACUAUCUCUUUCUCUUAUCUACUUAUUGUAGUUGUCAGGGUGAUUAGAAAUUUACGUAAUACCUGACAAGUAGCAAUAAAUUUAUUUUAUGCGUUCUCGUGCCUUGAGAAAUGCCUUUGAAAAAUUGGCUUAUAAAAUGAGCUAAAAUCGUCUCACUUUUCCGUUAUCUUUAUGCCCGUAUCGAAACAACUGAAAAUGCUUUAUCUUUUCAAGGUAUCUGUGAUUAACUAGAAUCAUUAAUGUUAAAUCUAGUUUAAAUUUCUAAUCCUUGAAAGUAGUACUCACAUCCUUGUAAAAAAAAAAAGUUAAAUUUUAACAAAUUAGCAAACUGACAAUACAAUUUAUUUGCUGUCUCUCUCUCUGAAAGAAAAAUUGAUUUAUUUAAUGUGCUUUUCCUUUUAUUUACCUGUUUAAUUAACUGCAUAGUGAUGAAAAGGGAAAAUGAUAAUUGAUUGUGGGUAUGAAUUCAGCUCUUAAAAACAACUAAACUCUGUUGUACGUUGCUUUCUUUUUAUAUUUAUAGCUUUUAACGGCACAGCAGUUUUUUUUUAAUACAUUAAAUUUAAACCUUAAAAAAAUACUACUAAAACCAUUUACAAGAAGGUAAUUACAUUGAAUAUUAGUAACAAAUAUAUAAAAGACCAAAAAAAAAUUUAAUAUUUUAUCAAUAACAUUGUUGUUAAAUCACAUCUUCCGAUCACUCUUCUUGUUUGAUAUGCUUUCACUAGCCAUGCCUAAUUAGAACGGAGGUAAUAGAUAUUGUAGAUAACUACUAUGAUGAAAAGAGAACUACACCAAUUGAGCCUGUGAUUUUAGUCAGUAUCCAGGUUAAGCUUUAUUAUAAGGACAUUCAUUCAAAAAUCAUUCAUUUUGUGUUUAUUUAGAUAUAAUUUAAAAACAAUCCAUGCCUGGCAUUUAGCUAUCGUUUAUUUCAAUCUAGUCACAAUUGAGUACAAAGCAUUGCAGUAUUGAUUUAAUUUAUGUUAACCUUGAAAAGACUGUGGAUUAGAAACACUUGCUAGAUAUUUAUAAUGAAAAAAUAUGACAAAUUUUUAGAUUAGCAGUAUGUUGGAUUUAUAAUAUAUAUAUGUAUUUGUUACCGACAUAUACAAGAAAAAAAAGGUAAUUCACAGAUUACAUUUGUAAAGAUUAGCGAAUGUACUUUUUAGUCGUGGGUCAAAAAAGUAUCGGCACACUCCACUUUUUUCUCUUAAAUCUCAAAAUAUAAAGGUUAAUUGUUUGAUAGUGAAUUUAUUUAAACACUAGCUUCCACUUAUUAAUUUUUAGUGGCAAUAAAUUGAACAAAUUAAAAAUAAGAUAAAAUUAGUAAAUAGUAUGUGUUCAUUUGCAGAAGACCACCUGUUUUGUACAGGAGGUGGAAAAGAUGAUUAAAAUAGAAAUAAAAAAAGAAAGACUUAAAUGAAAAAAAAAAAAAACAUUGAGCAGCAAACCUAUAAAAUAAAUAUAAACAUACCCCGAUGUAAAGUUUCCAGGAGUAUUUCUUUUUGUGGAGAGGAAAGCAAAGGAGCCAAGAAGAAGUGGAGGAGAAGACUAGGUUGUAUGUAGGAAGGCUCACGUAUUACUUUCAACAGUAAUGACGUUUUGCUUUAUGGAUGCCCUUCUUUUUGAUUUUACAUUUGCACAGUUAAGAUUGUGGUUGAAAGGCAGCCAACAUAAUGGCCGUCGUGGCAAAAAUGCUAUUUUUCAUAAUACAACAAGUUCUUCUAUGGUUUCUUUCUGCUAUAAUAAUGAAAACUGUUAAUUUACAUUCCUUACAUGCAUACUGAAAGUUGUGUUAGAAGUUGAUGCAACUUCUGAAGCUAUGCUAGAGGCAGAAAUAAAGGGUGUUUUUGCCACUAUUUUGUGAAUUUGCCUUUUUUUUCUCUUUAAGAAAACUUUUUGGCCGCCCGGAACAGUGUUUAAGACCGAACCCAUCUCAUUGUGGUCGAUUUGCAAUUUCACGAUAACUCAGUCCAUAAAAACGUAAUUUAAAGACAAAUGUGCAAAGACUCACAAUGCUCUUGUGUUUUAGCCAUUAUUAUUGCUGCUGAAUUGGCCAGAAAAUAGCUUAGAAUAAUGAUGUUCAUCCUUGUUUGUGUUUAUUUCAAAUUGAGAGGGUUAAAUUAAAGAUUUUACAUAGGAUAAUUCAAAAUUAAGAAAGAAGCAAUAGUUUUUUUACCCUUCAAAUUCAUACUCUUAUCAUUUUCAUCUUAUUUUUAAUUUGUUCAAUUAACCAAAAAUUAAUAGUUGGACGCUCUUAUUUUUUUAUUUUUUUUUUUUUUAAA